AUGGAUAUUCACCUCAAGAAUCUCUUUACAAGAUUCCAAGACCAGUUUGGAUCUGGACCAGGGCUCGGCCCAAGCUCAGGGACUUGCCUUCUCAACAUCGAAGGCAUUUCCCCGGCCUUCAUCAGAUCCGUCUUCAGUGCCUCUGCCGCCUUCUACCGAACUGAUCCAUGGAAAAGACUCUGGCCAUCUCAUCUCUUCGCCAUUAGAAUAGGUAAAGACUCCGACUGGUCAUUGAAGAAACAAUUAUACCCCAUAGCUCAUUUCGUCGGUGGAGAAGGCGGUGAUCUUGGUAUACAUAUGUUCAAGUCUGAACUUGAUGCUCAGAAGACAACUGGAUUAAGAGAAACCAAUAGAGUACCCAAUGUAGAGAUACUAAGAGUAGUAUUCACACCACAAUCUCUUAUCUUUCCUUCAAAUAAGAGAAUGAUUCACUCUCUAUCGUUGGAAUCCUCUGCCGUAGAUCAAUACCCGAUUGUUGAUGUUGCUCGAUUCAGUUCUGGUGGAGAAUUGAGAUUUAGAAACCCUACGUCUGAGGAGGUUCGAUAUGUUUAUGCAUUUUUAAAGGCAAUAGCUCUUGUUCACCUAUUGCUUCAAGUGGGUAAUAAUGGUUUGCAAAGAAGAGGAAGAUUGGUUAGUUUUGAGCCUUUUAUUGAAACUGUUGAUGCGCAAGAAACCUCAAUAAGCUCCCAAGGAGCCCGAGUACUUCCCUGA